AUAUUUUUCAGUGCAAUUUUAUAUUUCGUGGAGGAGGUUUGCUUCUCCGAGAACAAUUUUUUUGGAACAAUAAAAGUAAGAUAAUAAUCAAUAAAAGUGUAAUUUGUGUGCUGAAUCGUUCUACAGAUUGUUGAAAAUGCUUGGAGGGAUCUGCGCUUUAUGGGAUCGUAAAACAGCAUAAAACUAGACAUUCACACAACAAAAAAGUAUCAAGAUCACAAUUGAAAACGUCAAGUAGAAGAUAAAAGAAAAAACGGGAAGUAAAAGAAUGGCUGGAACUAGAAGGGCCCGUAACCAAGCAACUUCAAUUGCUAUACCGAGGCAGAAUUCGGUUUCGGACAAUGGGAGGCCCCGUAAUAACUUGACACCCGAAGCGUUAGCAGGCAUGAGCAAAGAGCAGCUUCGGGCAGAAUGCAGGAAAAGGGGCCAGCGUGCGUCGGGCAACAAAAAUGAGCUGCUCGCCCGGCUCGGGUACUACAAGCUGGCGGCGGCGGUGCAGGAGCCCACCGAGCCGCGUCCGCGCAACGGUCUGCACCACCCCAUUCAUAAGGAAAUAAGGAACAAAUCAAUUCCAAUGGACAGCGACAGCUUAGUACUGUGGCGGCGGCCCUUCACCACCCUCGAAUACUUCUUUAGAGAACUUCUAAUACUAAUCAGCACUGGGCUGCAACGGUUAUUAGCGUAUAGACUACUGGCGUUAUCAACCAUUGUGCUAGCAGCCAGUACUGUUGUGUCUUACUACAUUAGUGGGCCACACCAGGCUUACGUACAUUUAGUGGUAUCGACCCUUGCAUGGUGGGGCUGGUGGGUGGUGCUCGGAGUCUGCAGCUCUGUAGGCCUGGGGACAGGGCUCCAUACCUUCCUGCUAUACCUCGGGCCACAUAUAGCGCGAGUCACGCUCGCCGCGUACGAGUGCGGUGCGCUCAACUUCCCGGAGCCGCCGUAUCCCAACGACAUAAUCUGUCCAGCUGAAAAGGAUCCCAACAACCUAGUGACAAUAUGGAACAUAAUGUCCAAAGUCCGAGUGGAAUCAAUGAUGUGGGGCAUAGGGACGGCCCUUGGCGAACUCCCGCCUUACUUCAUGGCACGGGCGGCUAGACUAUCUGGCGGCGGCGUUGUUGAGAUAGCUGGGAAUGAUGAUUCUAGGACUGGCAGGGCGAAAGUGUUCGUGCAGAAACUAGUCCAACGCGUCGGUUUCGCUGGCAUCCUGGCUUGCGCAUCAGUGCCCAAUCCGCUCUUCGACCUGGCCGGGUUGACCUGUGGACACUUCCUAGUGCCUUUCUGGACCUUCUUCGGGGCCACUGUCAUAGGAAAGGCGGUUAUAAAGAUGCAUAUACAGAAGAUGUUCGUCAUUAUUGCAUUCAACGAAACCUUAGUUGGCCAAGUCUUAUCCUGGGUGGAAAGAAUACCGUACAUCGGGCCGAAACUAGAAGCGCCCAUGCUAGAAUUCCUUCGCAACCAAAAAGCGCGCUUACACAAAACCGACGGCUCGUCCCUACCUGAGAACCAAGGAUCAGUGCUCUCAGCCCUACUCGAGAAGUUCGUACUAGCUAUGGUGGUAUACUUCGUGGUGUCAAUAGUGAAUGCGCUCGCGCAGAAUUACAGCAAACGCGUCGGCAAGAAGAAAAGCAAGAAGAGGGAAUAGGGGUUACGGACGCCGGGCGACGCGUUUGGUGGACUCGCGCGGCGACGACAGGUGACGGAUCGUGGUGCGCGCCGGCGUCGGUAGUACACAAAUCGCGCAACAGACGCACCCACGCGUCAAAGUUAAACGUUUACUCCGUCACAAGAUGGCUGCCACCGCCACAAAAUGGCUACCUCUGCGGUCGCGAAAUGGCCGCUCGAAUAUGCCGGUUCGUAGCUAAACAAUUGAGUGAGUGUGACUUUAUUUAUAAACAAUUUGAUAUAGUGAUGUUAUGACGGUAAGUGUUAUGAUAGUUACUAGCCGUAUCACAAAUGCUGACAGUCAUAAAAUAGAGCUUUACUAGCUUUAAAUGUGGUAAAAUGAUCAAUAACUUUGAAUCUCCACCACUAAUACUUAUUUCUUUAUUUGCCACAACGCACAAGCAUCAAAAUUCAUAUCUUUUAUUAAUUUUAUGAUACAAAACAAACUCACUACUUUAUUUAUAAAAAACAGCUAUCGUUCGACCAAUGAUUAUCUUGCCUUUACAUUUAUAUGUAAAUAUAGCUUAUAUCCAUCAGGGGUAGAUGUUUAACUUUAAUGCUGAAAAUAGUAUAUCGAGUGCUUAGAAAUAAUUUUAACAUGGGUUUUAAUAUACAGCGUGUCUAAGUGUAGAUAUUAAUAAAUAUAGGGUGCUCAUUUGAAGUCAAAUAGUUGUGGGCGACAAAUGGCAUAGGAUAAUAGGUAAAAAAAUAACGACUAUUGAAACCUUUUUGGAUAUUGUGGUCAAAACUUUAUAAAAAGUAAAAUAUAUAAAGUUAUUUUGUAUACACGAUACUUCUUAGGUUAUCAAGUGCUAGUAAUAGGACAAUACCUAGAAUACUAAAAUUACCAAACUAGCCAUUUUUGUUUAAGUUACAGGCACUUGUAUCGUAUGCAUAAAAGGCGAUAUCACUAGCAACAGAAUCGAUCUAUAAUCUAAGAAGUUUCGUAUGUAUUAAUGUAACUGUAUAAUAAAGAUAAUAAUUACACCAAAUAAAAAACCUAUCGAAAAAUGGAAUAUAUUUUGUCACAUAGAUCUAAUUUAUCUAAAAAGGUGUAUUUAGCCAUAACAAAACGACUAUCUGAUUCGUAUAAUAGUAUAGCCAAACUAGUGUAACAAUAAUAGCAAUAGCAUUGGUAAUAAAUAGUAAAUAAAUAGAAAAUGGAAAAGUUUGUAUUUCGGGCUAUUCAUAAUGAAAAUAGUACCUAGGUUUCAGGUCUUAAAAUUUUCUCUUGGUAGAAAUAUUACUUCUAUCUUUAGAAUUUUCGUAUCUAAUAAUUGUGAAGUUCUUAUAUGAGUUUAGGUGAUAUCUACUGUAAGAAUUUAGCAGUCGUAUAAGCAUAAUUAUGUCUUUCUAUCUCUUAGACAUUCAUUGUGAAUAGUCCUUUUAAACUGCCACAAUAGAUAAAUAGUAAAACUUUUAUUACAGUGUUUUUAAACUUUAUUUUAUCUCGAAAAAGGUUUGUUGUGAAUAUCUCAAAAAUUAUUUAGUAUGAUCUGUGUUAUUUGCCAACGUAAUAUGCAUCUUAUUGUAGAACAUUAGGGUAUAAUAAUGUUGGCAAAGACCACAUUCAGUAUUUAGUUGUAUAAACUUGUGAUUGAUGAUUCCAAAAAUUUCGUUGGUGCUGUUCGUAACUCCAGAGACAUUUCCCGAUUAUUUUCACCAUCCAAC